GAAAGGAUGUCGUGUCCUUUGUUUACGAGUUGCGACACUUCCGUCUUUGAAAUUAAAGCAACUCUCUUGAAUCUUCCGAUUCAAACAUUGGAAUACCCAUGGCGUGGCGAAGACUCCAGAGCUCUUCAAUGGCAGAUCAACUCCUACUACUAGAGGUGGUUUUAUCUACGCUCUAACCCAGUUAAACGUUUUCUCAACGAUACCCAAUAACUUAAUUACAGUUGACUACGAAACCCAUUUUCCAAUUUUAAUGUAUGUUUACGCGGGUAGACUAUUAUUCUUGUUGUUGUUGUUGUUGUUUGGCCAACAAUCGAUAUGCCUUCUCUGAGGAACUUCUUCUCUUCUUCAUCUUCGUCUUCGGCUUCAUCGUCUCCGUGUGAUUCGCCUCUGAAACAGGGUUCUAACGAUUCUAAUUUCUUUAAGAAGUCAGGGUCAAAGAGGCGGCUCACGCGGCAGCGCAAGCUCCGCCACGCUACCGAUGCCAUGCUGGGUUUGUUUUCGACCGAUCAAUCUCGUUCGCUGCCGGUUUCUCCGAGUUCUGAGUCGCGAUCUCCGACUAACUCCGGCAAUCGGUCCAGUUUGGCUGUGCCACAGCCUCUGCCUCUGCCGGAGUUGAAUACCCUUGUAAAGCAGAAUGAUCAGUCCAAUUCGCAGUCGCCGAAAGAAGGGCCGAGCAGAGCGGAGGGAGAUGGAAGGGAUGGGACUGGUGGUUCCAACCCGCCAAGUUCUCCCACUAGAAGCUAUUUUUCUCAUCAAAGUGUUAGGAAUACAACAGAUCAUUCUGCCACAAAAUCUUCUAAAUCUCCUGCAUAUCGCCGUAGGGGAUUUUCUAAAGAUCUAAAUGUUGAACGUGUUCCUCACAACUUCACCCUGAAUGUACCCACCAGGAGUGCUCCAACCAGUGUUUUCUCAAGUCCUGUUCCUAGCCCACAAAGAUUUAGUUCUGUGGAUCUUUUUCAUUCCUCUUUAUUGAUUCCUCAAGAAUUUCGGGUUUCAUCAGCUGUAGAGGGACCAGUUUCCUCCCAUUCUCCUUCCCAAAUGUUUUCACCAAGACUUUCAUGUACUCCUGACCAUUCUCCACUUCAUAGCCCAAAACUACAAAAGGCUAGCCAAAACACCAGAAAUCUUGCUGGUGUUUCAUUUCAUUCACACCAUAAAUCACUCCCGGAAAGUUCUGCGGGAUGGCCUGAAGGUAGUAUUCAUGCCAAUCUGCAUCCAUUACCUCUACCACCAGGAGGUCUGAAGCCAUCACAAUCAACUACAACUCACAACAUUAUGGAAAGGCAAGAUGUAUCAACAAUAAAAAGUAAAUGGAUAAAAGGCAAACUUAUUGGACGAGGUACUUAUGGCAGUGUUUAUGAAGCAAUCAAUAGUGAAACCGGAGCUAUGUGUGCAAUGAAAGAAGUUGAUGUCAUUGGGGAUGACCCUAAAUCUUCAGAAUGUGUUAAGCAGUUGGAACAGGAAAUUAAAGUUCUCCAACAUUUAAAGCAUCCAAAUAUUGUGCGGUACUAUGGCUGUGAAGUGCUUGAGGAGCGCUUUUGCAUAUAUCUGCAGUAUGUUCACCCGGGAUCAAUAAACAAAUAUGUCCGUGAUCAUUGUGGAGCUGUUACAGAAUGUGUAGUUCGUAAUUUUACCCGCCAUAUUCUUUUAGGGUUGGCUUACUUGCAUAGCAGAAAGACAAUCCACAGGGACAUUAAAGGUGCAAAUUUGCUUGUCGAUUCAUCUGGUGUUGUCAAGCUUGCUGACUUUGGGUUGGCAAAACAUCUUUCGGGAUGUACCAUUGAUCUUUCUCUGAAGGGAAGUCCCCAUUGGAUGGCUCCAGAGGUUUUGCAGGCUGUGAUGAGGAAAGAUUCCAAUCCUCGGCUUGCUUAUGCUGUUGAUAUUUGGAGCCUGGGUUGUACAGUUAUUGAGAUGCUGAAUGGUAGACCUCCUUGGAGCGAGUUUAAUGGGGUACAAGCAAUGUUCAGUGUUUUGAACAAAUCACCACCUAUUCCAGAAACAUUAUCUUUGGAAGGAAAGGAUUUCCUCCGGUUGUGCUUUCAGAGAAAUCCUGCGGACCGACCAUCUGCUGCUAGGCUACUUGAGCAUUCCUUUUUGCAAAGUUCACAUGAUCAAGAUGUUUUGGGUUGCGCACGAGAAUUGUUUGGAAUGAAACUAAUGGAUACAUCACAUAGUCCAAGAGACGGGACAAAAAAUCUGAAGGGUUCAUCACCAAUCUCGCCAGGUGCCUGGAUGAGGCAACUGCCGUGUAAUGGUGAAACUUCCCCGAAAUCUUAUCCUGAAAGCCCGGAAACCGGAGUAGCAUCCCGACACUCUCCUCGUUCUACACUGGAUGCCCUUCCUAGUAUGACUUCAUCAGAGUUGUUCCACUGCAGGUCACAUUUUGGUAGCCCCCCUUCCGCAUUUGGUCCAAACAAUUUGCACCUUGCACCCGGGAACAACAGUCAACAUACUUCUCCAAGGGCACACAGAAGGGAAAUCCCACACCUCUGAGAUUUAUUUGUGAUUUACAAAGGAUGGAUCGGGGAAUCGAAUCUCUCUUGUAUAGCCGAGGAAACAGAACUCUAUUGUACAGGUGUGAAGAAGCCGGCAAAUGGCUACAGUAUUUUUUUUUCCCAUUUGGGGCUAUGGGAUUUCAGUAUGCAUUUCAACACGGUUGUUGUUGCUGAUUUUGAAGUUACAGAAGCAAUUUUUUUAUCAGCAGACCAAUUCAGUCGGUCACUGUUGUACACUUUGUUGGGCGAAUACAGAACACACAGAUGAAACUUCAUGCUAACACGAAAGAAGAAUGAAAAAGGAACAUACUUUUUAAUCAGGAGUAGGUGUGACAAAAAAAUUAUUAGACUUUUAGAUGACAUUGUAUUUGUACAUGUUGUGGGGUAUUUUUUUUUUGGGUAAUUGAAAUCCUUUCUGAGCAUACUUCUAUUUCAGUCACUCUCUUUUUCUGCUGUUGUAUUGAAGCGAGCAAAAUGUAUAAUGACAGUCAUUACUGCUUGAGGCUGCCUUGUGUAAUCUACUUAUAAAUAAUUGCAGUUGGGCUUCGUGGUUAGGUUC